UACAUCACUCUAUAAUUGGAAUACUUCGACUUUCCUAUUGUCCAAUCAGACGGUAGAAGUUUCCAUGUCGAACUCCUCGCGUGUCUCUUUCUACGGUUGUUGCUUUAAGAUGGUUAUGAUACGAUUUAGGGAUCUCCUUCGGUGAGCUUUUAUACUUUGAAUAUUCUGAGCAUUAGAACUUCUUGCAUUCUCUAGGACUUUUAGAGCCAAAAGACUGGCAUCAGAGCAGAUUAGGAAGAAAGCAUAUUAGGAAGAGAUGAAUUAAUGACCGCAAUGUCUGCAUUCACCUAGCAAUGCUAUUGUUGCAGUUUGAUAGUAGACGGUGUCCUGGUGUAUCUGGGACAUUGAAAAAAUUGUUGACACCUGACUCUCGCUUCGCGUCGCGAGAUUUAUUUACUUUCGUGCGCCGAGAAUUGAACUCCUUCAGCAACCCCCAAUCCUCCAAAAAAAAAAACACACACCAAGUCCCUCCCAAAAUGGGCAAAUCAAGACCUGACAAGAAGGGAAGAGACGAGAAGAAGGCGAAGGAGAAGAAGCAAGCGGAUGAAGCUCUCACCAAGGUCAUCGGUGCUCGUGUCGAAAAGGGGGGUAGGGAGUCUGGGCAUUCGGUGUCGUUCGGUGGGUUGGCGCUGCGCCCAAAGAGGGGCAAAAAGCGAUCGCUGGGGAAGAGGACGAGGACCUUUGCCGAGCAAUGGAAGUUCCAGACGGAAAGAUCUUUUCGGCGGCAGAAGAAGGAGAGGAGAGAGAAGAAGGAGAGGAGAGAGAAGGAGGAAGGAGAGGAAGGAUUGUGGGAGGAGAGUGACGUAGAGGAGGAAGAGGAAGAGGACGACGAGAAUCUGCGUUGGGGGGUCCCGGACCCAGACAGUGAAGAUGAUGGUGCUGGCGGAGAUCUUGGUGGGGGUGUUGGUGGUGGUGGAGGAAUUGGAGCCGCCGAGGCUGUUACUGUUUGAGUUGUUUUGUCUGCUUCUUUUCUCCUUUUUUUAGUGUGUGAGAGUAAUUGGAAGCACUUCCCCGUCAAAGUAUUGGUUUUCUUGUGAAUGACGUUUCGUUAAAAGUAUCUACUGUAUAACGAAGCUUCGGACGGCAGAGCUUAAGUCUUGUCAAAUUCUGGGUAUCUCAGAAAGGUUGAAGUUCCAAAUUCGAUUUGGUGGAGGACGAG